UCUGAUAAAACUCCUGUUGCACACAGGACUUGUCCCUCUUCCUUCCCUAGCAUUCAAACCCAGCCUUGCUGCCCGAGACCUAGAUCCAGCACACCGGCUUCAGCUGCCUGGCUCAUGGCUCUCCUGUUAAACUUGAUGCUCGCCAUCUCAACCAUUUUUGUUGAAUCCUGCCUCUCAGAGUCUCCAUCCAAAGUUCGGCUGGUAGGAGGCGCUCACCGCUGCGAAGGGCGAGUGGAGGUAGAACGCAAUGGCCAGUGGGGGACUGUGUGUGAUGAUGGCUGGGACUGGGAUGACUUGGUAGUGGUAUGCCGGGAGCUGAAUUGUGGAGCAGCCAAGAGAACCCAAAGUGGUGCAUCAUAUAGGCCACCAGCACCAGAAGAUCAAAAAGUUCUUAUUCAAGAUGUCAACUGCAGUGGGGUUGAAGAUACAUUGUCUCAGUGUGAGCAAAAUGAGGACGUUUAUAACUGCCCACAUUCGGAAGAUGCUGGAGCACGGUGUGUGAACCCAGACAGCGAUGUGCGACUAGUAGAUGGUCCGGGGCGCUGCCAGGGCCGAGUGGAGGUGCUACAUCAGGAACAGUGGAGCACUGUGUGCAAGGCAGGCUGGAACUUACGGGCUGCAAAGGUGGUGUGCAGACAGCUGGGAUGUGGGCGGGCACUACUGACCCACAGGUGCUGCAACAAGAUGACUCAGGGCAAAGGACCCAUCUGGAUGAGGCAGGCGUCAUGUUCUGGACAAGAAGCAAACCUUCAAGACUGCCUUCUAAGGCCUUUGGAGAACAAUUGUACCCAUGAUGAGGACACGUGGAUGGAAUGUGAAGAUCCCUUUGAGUUGAGGCUGGUUGGAGGAGACAACCCCUGUGCUGGGAGGUUGGAAGUGCUGCACAAGGGUACAUGGGGCUCUGUCUGUGAUGAUAGCUGGGGAGAAGAGGAGGACCAAGUGGUAUGCAAGCAACUGGGCUGUGGGAAGCCCCUCUCUCUAUCCUUCAAAGCCCAAAAAAGCUACAGACCUGGUGCAGGCCGCAUCUGGCUGGAUGAUGUGGUUUGCUCAGGGAAGGAGAAGUCCCUGGAGUCCUGCCAGCACAGGCUGUGGGGGUAUCAUGACUGUACCCACAAGGAAGAUGUGGCAGUGAUGUGCUCAGAAAGCACCCCGGAAUUUGAUGUGUAACCUUGAUCCUUGCCUGACCUGGAUCCCUGCUGCUUGCUUACUUGGGCCCUGAUUCUCCAAGUGAUUAUAACUGGUCAAGGACUUUAGCCACCUCUCCCUGAGCCCUUGAGAGAGUGGACAACGUACUCAUAUCUUGAUCUCAGGGAUGCACACCCCAUAAUCACCUCAAGAUAAGAACUGCUGAGCUCCCUGGAUGAAGAAGUGUUUCCAGUUGCCCUAUGCCUUCCAUUCUCUUCCCAGCCUAUCUGCAACUCUUGGGCCUCACAUGUGACUAAGGCACGGCCUGUUUAUAAUAACAUCAAGACUGUGAAAACAAAAGGAGGGCUUAAAGGGAAUUAUGGGUAGACAGCAUUUUAGGGGUAUGGAGAAAAUAGACUUUUUUGAGGCUUUGAAACUUUUAGAACAAGUGAAGUGAUCAUAACAACAACACUGCACUGCUCUGCCGUCUCUCAGGAGUCGCAGAGUGCUUUCCUGCAGCGCUUGGAUGUUUCUCACUGAGUUCUAGGUAUCUACCCAAAGCUCAUACAUUUGAAGUUUGGUGUCUGAUGUGAACAGUAUCCUGAGGCAGGGCCUUUGGGACCUAACUGCAUCACAUGGUCUGAUCCCUCAGCCUUUAUGAAUGAAUUAAGCCCUGAUGAAUCCACUGGGAGGUGAUAGAAACUUCAGGAGUUGGGACCCAGUAGAGGAAGAAGGUUACUGGGGCUUGCCUUUGGAAGGGGACAUGUUGUUCACAGUUUGAUCCCCUUCCUGUGUUCAAGGGUUGAUUCUGUAUCUUAGCUUUUGUGAAUUAUGCUGCAAUAAACAUGAGUGUUUGGGUAUUUCCUGA